CAAAAACACAUGCCAAAAACAAACAUUUUUUUUCCUGCUCAGUGGUCAGAAAGAUUUCAAGGUAAAGAAGUGGGUUUGUGCAAGUGUUUACAGAUUAUGAUGGAUAGAAAGUAAGUUGUCGAGUUUCGCAUAAAACAUGUCAAACAGCAGUGUGACGACAGUACAGCUAGGCUGUGUUAGCCGAGCGGAUAAACUGCCAAUUCACCUUUUACCUUGUGAGAUUGAACACGACGGCCCUGCUGAAGUAUCUCAGUAUUUCACCUCUGCCGUGAAAGACCGCAAACACGAAUUGACUGUAUCCUUCAGGGGUCGAGGGUUAAAAGGCCAGGAGGUGAACUGUCCUCAAGGCUACACAGGUCUUGUUCUGAAACAAGUCCAUAAACCAAGCUCGGAUCAAGAGGAUGGUGUAGUGAACGUUUCGUCUGUAUUCCAUGACCUCACAUAUUGGAACCUGGAGAUUCCUCCCUCUUCUGAUGAUGGAGUUGUCAUGGCAAUGGCAUGGCCUACACUAGCAGAUGCAAUCCAUGGGCAAGUAGAAGACUAAGAGAAGGGAAAAAAACAAUGUAAUGGAAAAAAUCCAGUUCCAUCAUGUUGUACCAGUGGAACACUUAAAUACAUUUGUUUUAGAAUGGUUGAGAUGUAUAGUUGCAAUCUUAACUGAAACAGCCAUGCCUCUGUUUAUAUUUUCUGCACUUGUAUUUUAAUGUCAGAUUUGUGGUCCAUUUUAGUACAUAAUACAAAAUGUUGCAUUAAAAUCUUCUGUUUUGUCAA